CAGUGUUUAUUACGUCACAUGAGAAACGAGAGUGUGAGCCGAUUGCUAUCCGCAGCCACGCCCCCUCGCCUGAUCACAAUUGUCGGAAUACUGUGUUCCGGUAUUGCUGAAGAUGACCUUGGCUGACCAGAGGUGGAAACUGACUAAGAUUCCAGAGGGUAUCAUGGUCAAUCCUGGUUUCUAUGGCAGAAGGAAGAAGAAGUAUGGUAAUUAUGUCAUCAACAUGUCAACGCAGAAAAACCUGAAAGCCGUUUCCAACGAGAGACAGAGGGAAGUAUUCACACCCAAAUGUACGGACGUUCACGAAGAGAGACCGCCUCUCGGAGUCAAAAGUGAUGUAAGAGGCUCAGCUUAAACAGAGGUAUGGAGAGAGAAGAGGUGUGUGAAUCAAGACGUCUCAAUGAGCCAGGAAAGGAAACUGUCUGAUUGAUACAAGUGCCAACAAAGCUGAUCUUCUCUAAAGGUCUGCUGGCUGCUCCUGAAGGAUUAAUGCACCGAAGCUAGCCCCCAGGAACCAUGCGACGAUGGCGGUCAGGGGGCAGGGGUCUGCUCCUGGGGGGGGUACUCACCACCUUCGCCAUGCUUCUGUACCACAUGAUGUCAGUGCCGCUCCUCGAGGUCUAUCACCCGAGGAUGUUGGUUCUCGCCUCCUGUGACCGAGACCCGAUCCUCACUAAAGGGAAAACUAUCUCAACCAAAGGUGCACCCAGGCAAGUCAGUGGCUGCUCACCGAAGAUGAAUGUCAUGUUCAUGAAGACACACAAGACGGCUAGCAGCACGAUCCUCAACAUCCUGUUCCGCUUUGGGGAGAAGCACGGCCUCAGAUUCGCAUUCCCCAACAGUCGCAAUGACUUUGUCUACCCAGAGAUGUUCAACAGGCUACAGGUGAAGGGCUACCAGCCUGGGAUGUGUUUCAACAUGGUCUGCAACCACAUGCGCUUCAAUGAGUCCGAGGUGGUCAGCGUGUUACCACCGGACGCCACCUUCAUCACCAUCCUGCGGGACCCCGCCGACGUCUUCGAGUCUGCGUUCCACUACUUCAACAGCCUGGUGCCUCUUACCUGGGUGAUCCCUGCCAAAGAGAAACUGGCUGAAUUCCUUAAGGACCCCUGGCGCUACUAUAGCCCCAAUGGGUACAACUCCUUCUACCUCAAGAACCUGCUCCUCUUUGACCUGGGCUACGACAACAAUCUUGAGCCAGAUGAUCCUAGAGUAGAGCAGGCCAUCCAGGCAGUCGACAAGCGCUUUCAACUGGUCAUGGUGGCGGAGUACUUCGAUGAGUCGCUCAUCCUCCUCAAGGACACCCUCUGCUGGGAGCUGGAGGACCUGCUCUUCCUGCGACUCAACAUGCGUCGUGACUCAUCCAUCUCCAAGAUGACAGAGCACCAGAGGAUGCAGGCACGAGACUGGAAUGCCGCUGACUGGCGCCUGUACCGAUACUUCAAUGCCACCUUCUGGGCAAAGGUGGAGGUGUAUGGGAGGGAACGCAUGGCCCGCGAGGUGGCGGAGCUGCGGCGGCGCAACGCAGAGAUGGCGACCACUUGUGUGGAGGGCGGGAGGGCAGUGGAGGCAGACAGCAUCAGGGAUGCCACACUGCAGCCGUGGCAACCUCUCGGCGAUCGGUCCAUCAUGGGCUACAACCUGAGGAAGGACAUUGACGAUGUGCGGCACGCGGAAUGCCGCAGGAUGCUGACCCCAGAGCUUCAGUACAUGUACGAGCUCGGCGUCAAUCUCUGGGCGAAAUUGUUCUGGCGUCAAAUGUUAGGAGUCAUCAACUUGUAGCCAGACAUGAAAUCCAGAAGAUGACCAGCUCCGUGAACUGGCGUCACACGAAGGACAUCGCCGUUUGGAAGGACCAGAUCAUUCUUUGAGGAUGUGGAUUAACUCAGGGAUAGGACGUACUUCAUAAGUAUACCCUUGGGUAGGGCUGGGUGAUACUUAUCGUAUAUAAUUUAAAUGAUAAGAAAAUGAGGAACAUUGCUUGAUAGCACACAUCGGCAUAUCACAUCACAGAGAUGAAUGCAUUUCCAACCAAUCAUAGAGAAUUCUUUUAAGAAUAGAAAACCUAUGGCCAACAAAUGCAAUUAAACACUGACUGAGUUAGCGCGGCCAAAUGCUACUGUUUCGGUAAUAUAAUGCACAUCCUUAGAGGACGUUUCAGUGAAGUGUCAGCGAGGAAAGCAAUAGCUCUUCUGCCAUAACAUCAUUUAUUUUGGAGAUACUGUGGAUAACUACGGUAAAAAGACGGUGAUGGAAUGCCGAUACUUUUUGCAGUUUAACAUGCAACACGCAACAGACUGGUGCUGUGCAUAAACACAAGCAAUUAGGGUUUGUAUUUCAAGUCUAAAGAAAUCAUGUCCCGUAUUACUUAAAAAUGGGGCACAGCAUUUUAUUUUUAAUUACGGGAUGUCAAACCCAUUCCUGGGAUAGAGCAGUGAGGCAGUCAGAGAAAAUAAGCUAGCAACAAACCAUACUGUCAGCGUUUCCUAGUAUUACACCCUACACCAAAAAGUUUACUUUUGUAUAAUUUAUUUAUUAAAAUGAGAUUUAAAUUUCCA